AUGAAAAGGCCAAAGCAGCAGUCCCAGGCCUUUAGCUUCCUCAGUUUCUUUACCCGCAAGCCCAAGUCAGACCCCAAGAGUGAGAAGCCUGCAGCUGCCUUGAGUCGAGAUGAAGUGGUGAUUACGCUGACACCUAACGACCAGGAGCAUGCACAGAAUGAGCCACCUCACAGUGAGAGAGAUGGAGGUGGAGAGGCUGCUGAAACAGGCUCAGUUAAAGCUGAAGGAACUGAGGUUGAGCAGGCUGUGGAGUGCGUGAGCAGCGGCUCCACAGGCGUCGUGUCGCUUUCCUCCUCUAGCCAAGAGCAGCUCCUCGAGCACCUGGUCGAGUGUCCGUUGUGCCUGCUGAGCCAGCCACGUGCCCACUUCCCCCGUCUGUCCUCGUGCCCACACCAUGCGUGCACUGACUGUUUGCGUCAGUACCUGCGCAUUGAGAUCUCAGAGAGUCGUGUAGGUAUCGCCUGCCCACAGUGUCCCGAAGCACUAGCACCAACGGAUGUACGUGCAAUCCUAGAUGACAGUGCAUUGCUUGAACGUUUUGAGGAGUAUCAGCUCCGCCGUUUCCUGGCUGCCGACCCUGACACACGCUGGUGCCCGGCUCCAGACUGCAGUUACGCAGUGAUAGCCUAUGGCUGUGCCGAGUGUCCAAAGCUGAGCUGUGGCCGUGAGGGCUGUGACACAGAGUUCUGCUACCACUGUCGUCAGCUGUGGCACCCAGACCAGACGUGUGACCAAGCCAGACGACAACGUGCCCGACACACAUUGGGUAGCAACAACACCUCAGCGCUCUACGUCUUCAGUGAGGAAUCAGGCGGAGAUGCAGAGGAGAUUAAAGCUUGUCCACGCUGUGGUGCCUAUAUCAUGAAGACUAAUGAUGGCAGCUGCAACCGGAUGAACUGCACAGUUUGUGCCUGUCAGUUCUGCUGGCUGUGUAUGCAGGAGAUCACAGAUGUACACUACCUCAGUCCCUCAGGCUGCACUUUCUGGGGAAAGAAGCCGUGGUCACAGACACGAAAGGUUCUAUGGCAGGUCGGAAUGCUGCUCGGGGCUCCAGUGGUGAUCUCACUGAUUGCAGGCAUCGCCAUACCUGUCAUUAUCGUAGGCAUCCCGAUAUACAUGGGCCGCAGGGUCCAUGGUCGCUGUAAGAAAAACAAUAUCUCAGGAAGUAAACAUUACUUGACAGUAGCCAGCGGGGUCAUGACGUCAGUGUUCGUCUCUCCAGUGUUAGCAGCCGUCACUGUGGCGGUUGGAGUGCCUCUGAUGCUGACAUAUGUUUACGGCGUCGUCCCCAUGUCUCUGUGUCGUAACGGCUGGUGCAGGCCUCAAACUGAAGCCCCUGAAAUGCGGAAGAUCCAGUUAGAGGACCUGGCCACUUAUCUUUUGUUUUCCCAUGUAGUCAGUGAUCACUGGACUGGGCAGCCCAAGCCAGCGCUAAAUGAGAUCAGUCUCCAGGAAGUGAGUGCGGAUGAAGCAGUAGCGUUACCCAGUACCAGUGCUGUCCUCUCACAGCCUGAGGGAUCCUCUGAUCCAUCUGAUGAUGUACAGGUGGUAAGCACCAAACAAGACAGCAAAUCAGAUGAUGCGGAUGUUGCUGAGGAGUGUGUCUUUAGCAGCACACAGACCUUUGCUUUGAGGGAGGGGACCAAUAUUGAGGUACGGGUGGAGAUUGAGGCCCAGCCACGCGGCAGACGUCAGCCCAGUCUCAGCAGUGUUCUCUCUAGCCGCAGUCUGUCAGCCGAGUCUCUCCAUCAAUCACACGAUCCUCUCAGUGCCUCCCAAAGGCCAAUGAAUGAAGACCCCCAGCCAAUUACACAGACAGACAAUGUCUGAUCCUCAGCUGUU